AUGGGGAACGCGAUAGAACAAUCGAGGAUCUUAUCUAGACAGAAGAGGUACUUAAUUUUCCCAGAGGGCAGCAAUUUGCAGUUGGUGUACUGUCUGACGGUGGGAACAUUCGCCAAAGAGAACGACGUAGUGAUGGGAAUGACUGCUGCCUUGGCCUGGGAGUUACCCAGCAAGGUCGACUCGAAGAUAUCGGAAUUGCUUCAUCGCAGUAGCAUGCUGCAGUCGCUACCCAAAGAUGGGGGACGUUUCGAGCGAUCAGAGGAUCAAGCAUACGAGCACGCGUACCUAAGCAGAGAGAACUGCGAGCAGCUCUAUCCGAGCUGCCGGCACUCCAUUUACCAACUCGAAUUCUGA